AUGACGUCGCAGAAAAGCCCUCCAGAACAGCCAAUCAAGGUUAGCUAUACAGACAGACUUGACCCGAUUACUUUGGCACGUUAUAGAGAGAAAAUUAAACUAGUAGACCAUUUAGAUCCGUAUGAAGUGAAGAAAAGCGACUGGCGUUCAGAUCCUGAUGGUCUUCCAGAUGUGACGUACCCAGACAUCGUUAAUUACUUGGUCCACACUCAGAGUGCCUACACAUUGCAGGAUUUGAAAGCUUACAAGUCCCUGGAAUCCUACAACCAGUUUUUUUGCGGUUGGGUGAAGGAUGUCGGCCACAUUUCAUCGUUCGUUACGAAGAACAUUCUGAUGUCUGCAAAGGUACGCCACUCCCAGAGGAUGAAUGAAGCGCCACUUCAACCAUGGGUCAUAGCCAAUUCCGAUGGAACAAUUCUUGCUGCACACUGUACAUGCAUGGCUGGCUUGGGGGAAACCUGCACCCAUGUUGGAGCAUUGCUGUUCUGGAUAGAGGCUGCAGUGAAGAUCCGCAAUUCUAAGACAGUGACACAGUCCCCUGCUUACUGGCUGCUUCCAUCAGGGAUACAAAAGGUUACAUACGAUGAAGUCAGAGAUAUCGAUUUCACCUCAGCCUCUACAAAAAAGUGCAGACUAGACGAGAGUAUCACAACUCCACCAACUCCAACAACUCCAACCCUGAGGGCAGCUCGUAGGAAUGAUGUACCAACCCCUUCCAAAGAUGAAGUGAAUGGCUUCCUGCGGAGGUUACAUGAGAGCCAGUCAAAGUCUGUAUUGUUGUCUCUGAUGCCAGGCUAUGCUGAACACUUCAAACCUGCCUCACUGAGUGUACAUCUUCCCAAAGUGCUCUCAGAGUUGUACAAUGAGGAGUAUGUUGGAAUGACUGAAGAUGAACUUCACAACCAGUGUGACAUCAUCUUCGAUGACAUCAUAGUAACAGCAUCCCAGGCAGCAGCUGUGGAGGAGAGAACUCGCCGUCAGGCAAGCAGUAAAGAUUGGUUUCGGUUCAGGAGUGGGAGAAUCACUGCGUCCCGUCUUCAUGCUGUUUGCCAUACCAAUCCAGAGAAGCCAUCGCUAAGUGUCAUCAAGUCAGUUUGCUAUCCAGAAAGUUUAAAAUUUAGAAGCAAGGCCACAGACUGGGGAUGUCAACAUGAAAAAUCAGCCAUUGAUGCAUACUGUAAUGUUUGUAUUUAA